CUUCAGACCGCUUCACUUCUUUCCCCAAACGUGUUUUAUCUGCUGGCAGAACUAUUCUUUUUCUUUCCUCCACUUUCAAAAUGAAGUACCUCAUUCCUCUAUCUCUUCUUAUUGCCAGUGCAUUCGCCCAGGACGGCUGCGGCUUUCCCGAUGGACCCGAUUGCGUAUCCCUGGGCGAAGGAGCAAGUGGACUAGAGCAGUUUGCUGAUGACGGCUGCUGCCUCUUGCCUAUCCGCUGCGGUAACGGGGACGGAGGUGAGAGGUGUGAGAGGGUUGCUGCUGGAGGCAAUAGCAACAACAGCAACAACAACAACAACAAAAAUGCCA